CGUGCUGCCAAUGUUGGUAAACAAAGUUCAGCUGUGUUUUCGAAAGCUCGUGCUUGAGUGGAUUGAUUCAAAUUUGAAAAUUUAAAAAUUACGUGCAAAAAUGAUUGUCGACGAAAGUAAAGACUCGCUGAGGCCAAUGUUUUGCGAGCUCAACAUUUUAACCCGUUCCGACGGUUCCGCGAUGCUGACUCAGGGUGAAACCGCCGUCACCGCGUCCGUAAACGGUCCCGUCGAGGUCAAGCUGCAGCACAUGAACGUGGAAAAGUCCUACGUGGAGAUUCACUUCCGGCCGCGGUCCGGAAUGGGCAGCGUUAACGAUCGGCUGCUGGAAAACCUCAUCCGGAACACGUACGAAUCGGCGCUGCUGACGGCGUUACACCCGCGCACAGCCGUCUCCAUCCAGAUCCAGGAAAUGCAGGACCGCGGCGGACUGGUGGCCUGUGCCAUCAACGCCGUCUGCCUGGCCUUAAUUGACAGUGGCAUCGAGAUGAAGUACCUGGUGGCGGCCGUUCACAGCGUUCUGGACGAAGAGGGGGACAUUACGCUCGAUCCGGACGAGCUGCGGGCCAAGGAUGCGCGGGCGCGGUUUACGUUCGUGUUUGAAAAUACGUCGCGGAAUACGGUCUCAAUUUACACGCACGGGAAGUUCACCUCGGAACAGUACCACCGGGCGCUCCGGAUGAGCACGGACGCCGUGGGGAAGGUGUUUGACUUUUACCGGACCAUUGUGGCCAAGCAGCAGAAUGUGUUGUGAUUUUGAAUAAAAAAAAAGAGUUGUUUACUGGA